CGGCCCGGAUUGGAAAUGGGCCCGGUUUGGCCUCCCUCCCCCAGGAACCCUCCGACUCCAAUCCGGACGCAAGACGCGAGAGGUGAGGGCGUGCGGCUGGUGACACGAGAGGCAACGGCGUGCGGUGCGAGGAGACGGCGUGGCGGCGCACUGACGUUGACGGCGACGGCGACAACUUCCCAUCCGACGUCCGCGCUCUCCGCUACCUUCUCGCCGAUUGUACCAGCAAUUCCUAGAAUUGGUGAAGACGAGCCGCCUCCUUCCUGGGACUUUGUUUUGACUCCGAAAGCUAUGGUUGGAAGAGGUUCACCAAAACUCAGUAUGAUUCCAAAGGGAUCUCCUAAGUUUGGUAGGAUGCUAUCUGCAGCAAGUACUAGGAUGAAGACAGUCUCUCCUCAAAGCAUACUUGCUAAGAAGACUGCAAGCUCUCCAAAAGGCAACCAAGUCAAGCAGAGAGCAAUUUGGAACGCGGAGUUGGAGAAGUCACUUGUUGAAAUCCUUUUCGAGUACAAAGUCAAUGGUUGUAGAGGAGAUAAUGGCUGGACCACUAAAGGUUGGAAUAGAAUGGUGAAGGAAUUCCACGCAGGGAACAAAUGCGUAUCAUUCACCAAAAAUCAAGUUCAAGAGGAGGGUCAACUGAAAAGAGAUUACAAGAUGUUGAAAGCGGUCAGACAACAAAGCGGGUCUUCUUGGAACGAGAAGAGAUGCAUGGUCGAGGGAUCGCCAGCUAUGUGGCAAAACUUGCAAAUUAUAAGUGGAUUUGUGAUCAAUAUCUUCCUUUGCAUGUGAUUUGUGAUUUCUUUGAUGCCUUACAAUGAUUUGUGGUUAUGCUUUUGCAUGUGUAGACAUUCCCAAAGAUCAAAAAGUUUCGCAACAACAAGGCCAGCUUUCCCUUGUAUGAUGCACUUGGUGAGCUAUAUGACGGCCAUCUUGCUGAGGGAAAACACAACUGCACCUCCUUUGAUUCAAUGGAAGAUGAGAAACCCCUGAGGCUAGUACAGGAAUUGGAAGAUGAUAGUCAAGAGCAAGAUGAUGUUGUGCUGCUCGAAGACCAAAGAAACUCAAGAGAGGAAGAAACUGAUGUUGUGCUGCUUGGAGACCAAAGAAACCCGAGAGACAAAGAAACUCAAGCUGAGGAUUCAAGAAUUGUUACUGAAGAGCAAAGAAGACAGGCUUUAAUAGCAAAGAGGAGACAAAAAAAGAAGAUAACAAGACUAGUAAGAAUUCAAGAGUGGAGAGCAUGAUGGAGCGAUACCUUGAGAUGAGGAGUAAACAAGCCGAGGAAGAAGUUGCAGCUAGAGAGAAGGUAUGUUCACAAGCAACAGAUUAUUUUGUCAAGUGUGUAUUUAUUGAGCUCAAUGGAUGUUACCAAACAAGAGAAGGCAAAGGAUUAUGCAGUUCUUAAGACCCCAGCAAAUAGAGAAGUCUUUAUGUGUGCUUGCGAAGAUGACUUAGAGUCUGCUUUAAUUUAGCUGAGAAGUGAAAUGGCCUAGCAUCACCAAAGUUGACACAUUUGAUGAAGGAAAACAAUGGAAGUACAUGGUCCAAGGUCGCCAGGGUGACAGAAUGGAUCCAAGGUCAAUACUCAAAGCUACUAGACUGCCAUAGGAGAAGGACAUGGUCUGAGUACAAGAGGAUUUAUUUGCUGCUCUGACAAUAUAGAAUAUUUAUGUUUUCAAACUGGUUACAAAAUUAUGCUUUGGACUUAUGCACUUUGGGUGUAAUUGUAAUUUAUUUUUUGGAUCUAGUGACCAUUUUCAUGUUUAAACAUGAUAUUAGCACUUUGGGUCUGAGUAUUUAGUCACAGCCAUUAUGAGCUGUUCUUGGGACACGGAGAAGAUUAUCUUUUGGGGGAUAUCAAUAAUGGAAACUCAUCUAUUUGUUAGUGUC